CGACGACAUAGCAUUCGUCGAAAAAGGUAAUUAUGAUUCGAUUUGUCACUGUAGUAUUACUACUGGCUUGGUCGUGGAAUUGGGCGAUUGCCGAGUCCAUUUUUGAAGACGACUACAAUAGGAAAUUUGUUUACAAUUCUGAAUUGGGAGGUGAUGAGCUUCAAGGAUCAGAUUCUUCCAAAGCCGCAAAGGCAGACGCACCCUGUGGACCAACCUACAAAAUUUGUCGUGACUUCAAUGCAACGACAACCAGCGGAAUCAUUCAACCGUUGGAUCCGAUGAUAGUGGGACCAUCGCCGAAAAUGUGUUCCUUCUCCAUCGUGGCACCGCCCGGUUAUCGCAUCCAAAUGACUUGCUCCAUCGUCCAGAUUAGUAGAAGUUGCAGUUUUCUAAAAUUACGUGACGGACAGGUGAUUUUGGCUGAUCCACCAACCGUCGAUGAAGUCUACACUUCCAACGGCAACGUCAUUGUGGUGGAUUCUCAACUGCUGCACUACGGAAACACGUUCGAUUGCAAGUGGACAAUGAUUGCGCCAAUUACAACUACAACUACAUCAACAACAACUCAAAGACCACUGGCGACUGAAUGUGGCCGAUCAAAAUUCACGUCGUCGAGGAUCUUGGGUGGAACGGAAGCGAAUCCCAACGAGUUUCCGUGGAUGGUCCACCUCGUCGUUAACAAGGACGGAGGGCCGUAUACGUGCGCUGGAACUCUCAUCAGCAACCAAGCCUUUGUGACGGCCAUGAGCUGUUUUCUAGACAGCAAAGGAAACUUGUCAUGGAGCGGCUUUACAACCAUCACGUUGGGAGCGCACGACUUUAGCAGCAACAGCAACGACCGCAAUCGUCAAGUCGUCCAAUGGACCAGUGGACAGCUGGGCAGUUGGCCUCAAUAUGCAGUAGAGGGGGAUUGGGCCAUUUUUAAGUUAUUGAAACCUGCUAUUUUAAACGAUUACGUCCAGCCAGCAUGCCUGCCGUUUGCCAACGAACCGGAUCACUUGAACGAUCCCGUCGUCCUCACCGGAUGGGGCGACUACAUUCCUGGCGUUCCGAGCCCUGUUUUACGCAAAACGACAACGACCGUCAUCUCCUCGGCUGGAACAAACGGCCAGUGUCAGCAGACGGCUGGAAUAGGUCCGUUCUCUGGCAACAAUAUCAUUUGCAGCGACGGAUCUAAAGGGCGUCGCCUUUGUAAAGGUGAAAGAGGAGGGCCGCUGAACUACUACAACAAGGAGCUGGGCCGGUGGUUCUUCAUAGGAAUCGGCAUGAUGGGAGACGAAAGCAAUUGUCUAACCAACUGCAAACCAAACGUAUUCACGCGUGCCAAGGCAAUAUUACCGACGCUUUGUGCUUGGAGCGCUGUCACUCCUCCAGACGGCAAAUGUAGUUAGGCAAACCACAGGAAUCCUAUUUGAAUACAGUCGUGACAACAUUGCCCUCAAACCCAACAUGACCUGAAACGUACUAAUAAGACUAAUAAUAAUAAGUAAACGAAUACAAUUCAAUCAAAUCAA